AUGUCCUCUGGUGCCGCCAAUAUCGAGUCCGCGGAAGCUGCCACUGUCAAGUUUCCUUCAUUGGAGAAAGGCGCGGUUGACAACAAACAACAGCACGACAAAGCCGAGGCCCUAGUCAAUGAUAAAGAGGCCCUCAACAAAGUCCUCGUGGACCGAAGUGGAGAGCAGUACCCAACGAGCGCAGAGCUCAAGACAUUGAGACGGACUCACGGCCAUGUGCCGUGGUUGCUCUAUACUAUCGCCUUCGUCGAGCUUUGCGAGAGAUUUGCCUACUAG